AUGUUUCGACCCACUCCGAACUCGUUGAUGAUGAAACAAUCAUCAUCCUUUCCUCUUUUUCUUUUCAAUACCCAUGUGGUGAGAAGAGCCUUCUCCUCAAGCUCACGACUCCAUGCUGAGGAAAAGUUUGUUCUUUUCGAAGAAAUUCCUCUCUCUCAGAUUGCUCCGAAUUUAACCACUUCCAAUACAGCUUCCACAACCAUUGGUCUAGUGACUAUCAAUAAGCCUGACAAGAUGAAUGCCUUGUGUCCAAAGACAGCCAUUCAAUUUAGAGAAUUGUUUGAGAGUGAUCAAAUUUGCAAUAACAAGAAUUUGGGAUGUCUCGUGUUGACUGGUGCCAAAUCAAACACACAAGGAAAGAGUGCCUUUAGUGCAGGAGGUGAUUUUGAUUUCUUGUUGGAACGUUGCAAUGAUCAACCAUUCAAUAACUCUGCAAGAAUGUUACAAUUUUACAAUUCCUUCUUGACACCCUUGUUGAAAUUAUGUCCUAUUCCAACCAUUUCAGCUUUAAAUGGUCAUGCCAUUGGUGCUGGAUUGGCCAUUGCUUUGGCAACAGAUAUUCGAUUUGUUGAAGCGAAUGCUAAAUUGGGGGUCAAUUUUGUAAACUUGGGAUUAUCACCAGGUAUGGCAUCGACUUAUUUUCUUCCAUAUUUGCUUGGCCAUCAAUCCGCAAGUGCUUUGCUUUUAACAGGAGAUUUAAUUAGUGCUCAAAAAGCUCUCGAGUUAGGAAUGGUCUAUGAAGUGAUUGAAGGCGAGGAUCAAUUAAGAGAAAGAGCUCUCGAAUAUGCUGCAAGAAUUGCAAGAAAUCCACCCAUUGCAACUAAAUUGUGUUUGAAGAAUUUGAGAAUGCAACAAUUAGAAGGUUUGGAAAAGAUGAUUAUUCGUGAAGCGGAUGCCCAAGCUCAAAGCUAUGCAGAUCCAAUUUUGAAACAAACUAUUGAAUCUCUCAUUCGCAAAUCCAAUGAAAAGAAGUAA